AUGGAGAUUCACACCACCGUGUUUGCUCCGGUAAUGGCUCCCCCGCCGCCCUCCUCGUCCUCUUCCUCUUCCUCUUCCUCUUCCGCCGCCGCUGCCGCCGCCGCCUCUUCCGCAGCUCCCGCAGUCGCUCCUCCUUCCACCUCCUCCGCGACGACGACUCCCUCUACAGCUCCUGCUCCGGCCUCGACUCCCUCAGGCCAAGAACCCAAAAAGCGAGUUCGCCGAUGGCACCACCGGGGAUUCACCGGGUGUUCCACCUGUCGUCGACGUCAUGUCCGCUGCGAUGAAGCUUCCCCGUCGUGCCGGAAUUGCACUCGCCUAGGACUCGAAUGCGAUGGCACACAGGGCCGGAUGACCUUUAAGGUCUAUGGGCCAUCACAGGCCUCGCAGGAUACUACGUCCAAACCGGAGCCGAAGAAACGCGGCAAGAAGGCCGGUACCAAUGAGUCUGCCGCCGCCGGCAAACAGGCCAUUAUUAAGAAAGAGGACGAUGAAGAUAAAGAUGGCGUGGAUGCGAUCGUGGUAUCGCCCACCACCGUUUCUCAAUCCACCCCUACCCGAUACCAAUUCCAAGAUCCCUUCCGGCUCGUGACCAUGAACAAUCCUUUAGACUCCAAGGAUGCCCGGUACUACUCGCACUUCAUUGACCAGGUCGCAUCGUUACUCUUGAUCUACGAUAAUAAUAUCAAUGUCAACCCGUACCGGCGGUAUUUCCCGGAAAUGGCGCGCGAUUCGCCAUCCAUGGCCAGCGCGAUGCAGGCUCUCGGUGCGCUGCAUCUGGCCAAUACAUCACAGGGCCAGCAGCGGAUUGAGCAUUUCCAGCAGGCCAUGGGACAGUAUGGGGAGGUUGUCAAGUCGUUUCGGACGAGAUAUACCGAGCCUAAUACCCAAUUAGGAUUGAAUGAUUUUGCGACUUGUUUAUUAUUGUCUUUGUUCGAGAUGAUGGACUCGCAACAUGACAAUUGGACCAUCCACCUGAAAGGCGCCCGUGAAAUUUACAAGAUCCUCUUCUUCCAAAACUCAACCGACCCCAACCAAGAAGCCCAGCGGGUCACCGAAAUGAACCACCCCCUCCGACACUUCCUCAUCUCCCUCCUCUCCUAUCUUGAUGUUGCCGGCGCAUGUGCGACCAGCGACGGCACCGUGGUCGAGGGCAGCUACUGGCGGCAAUACACAGGCGGCUGGGAAUACAACCUGGGCAUUCCCAGUUUAUCGUCGGAGACACCGCCCAGUGAGCAGAUACUAGUCGAGCUUCGGAACUGCUGGUCGGUGAUGAUGGAGAUCCAAGCAGCGAUCAGUUCAUUCGGACGAGCCAAACACGAAAAUCAACUCGCACCCGCGCAGCAAGACAUGAUUUACGGCGAUCUGCUCAACCGCCUCCUGAACUGGCGGGCCACAGCACCUGAGUGCAUGCAGGUCCUAGGCGGACUCGAACUCGAUGACGCCAGUCUAGAACAUUAUCCCUAUUUAGAAAUUCUCGAGUACGCGGGAUGCAUCGAAGCCUACGAGAAAGCGACCGUGAUCUACCUACACAAAGUAGCAGCAGCAAACCGCCCCGACCGGCAAACCGAAGGCCCAUUACUACAGAUGCUGGCCACGCGGAUCUUACAAUUGAUCGGAAAAUGCGCUAACGGCGUGGGACGGCUGGCUGUUCUGUGGCCUCUGUUCACGGCGGGUCGUGAAACGCACGAUGUGAUGGAGCAAGCGUAUGUGCAGCAAACAAUGCAGGAGCUGCAGCGCUACGGGUUUAAAAACGUCGAAAAAGGACUGGAAGAACUGGAGCGGGUGUGGUUCAAGCGACGGAUGUUCCCCGAAGGAUGGAUUGAGACGAUGGACGAUAUCCGCACGUCGGUUUUGAUUCCUUGA